AUGACGCCCGAGGGGGUUGAGGUCGAGGCCGGCCUCCCCACAACCAGGACCAUUUCCGACUCUAGCUUUUUCAGGGAGCAUCAGGCGUCUAUGCUGCCUACCCCUGCCGAGGUGAGAGCCAUCAAUGAGGGGUCAGGCGACAUCCGUGGCACAAGCUUCAACCGACCCCCUCCGGUCAAGUUUCCCUCGCUAGGCUUGAUAGUCAAAUAUGGAGCCGAUACGACCGUUACAGAGGCAGAGACCCAGAAUAUGCUAUACAAGCAGUUAAAGGGCAAGGUACCAGUUCCAGAGGUUUUUGGGUGGACCGAAGACGGUGGCCAAGUAUUUAUCUACAUGUUUUUGAUAGGGGGCGAAACCAUGGAGCAACGAUGGGGCGCUUUGAACGAAGAGGAGAAAGAGGCGGUCUGUAAAGAGCUCAACGGCAUGGUCAAGGCCUGGAGAUCGUUAGAACAACCAGACCGAGGCCUUUACGUGGGCAGCCUAGACAAUCAACCGCUAAAUGACAUCUUUCUUUCCGGCCACCGCGACUUGGCUGGCCCGUUCCGCGGUGCAGACGCCGUCCGGAAAUUUCAAAAUGGCUGCGAUAUCGAGAUCGAUGGUGAGGUGCCUGUGGUUUUCACACAUGACGACCUUGUGCCCCCCAAUAUCAUUUUAUCACCAGGGCCGAAUCCAGUAGUCACUGCUAUCCUUGAUUGGGGCCAGGCAGGGUGGUACCCUGCUUACUGGGAGUAUUGCAAGGUGCGUCGUGUUAGGGUGAAUCCGGACUAUUUCGAUGAUGAUCUGGAUGAAGAAUGGAAAACAAAAUACCUGCCAACUAUUCUAGACCCCGUCGAUGAUGAGACUAGCCAAUGCCUCGCACCAUCCAUCUACUUAGCCGUUUUCUCCAAUGCCACCAAACCGGCCCAUCAUGGCAUUUGGAUCCCAACCGGCAAUGCUGGCACGAAGGGCAAGCUCAUCCAUAUGACUGGAUCCCCCGCUGUUGGAUUCUUCCUUGAAUUCAAGCGCAAUUACAACUAUGUCCGCAUUACCCGACAGUAUGAGAUUAUUUUACUUGCCGAGGUUCAGAGCCAGUACGUGGUUGAUACUGUUGGCGACGGCAAGGCAUCGCUUGAAACAACUGCCCGUGACCACCUGGAGUCUGUCGCGACAGUUGUGCCGACUCCCGGCCGCAGCCCCAAUCCUUUCGAUUGCCGUCUUCUAGUUUAA